CCAACAUCGGCACCAGUAUCGACACUGGCACCGGCACCGGCACCGGCACCGGCAUCGGCAUCGACACCGACACCGACAUCAGUAUCGAUAUCGACAGACGAAAUGUCCGGGAUCUCGCUGCUCAGGGUCACGUCCGCCGUGCGGCCUGCGCUCGCAUCGCCGCUGCGUUCGAGACCUGUGGCCGCUGGGCUCGCUCGGUCAAUCAACAUCGGCAUCUCUUCAAUACCAUCGUCCGCGGCAUCAUUUGGCUCGCUUCUCGGCCCCCAGAUCCGCUCGACGUCUCUUGGAUGCAGACGUAACGAGUCGCUGGGCAGGCACCUUGCUCGGCAUGCCGCCUCGGGCCACCAGCCGGCCGAUGCCACUCAGUCAUCGUCCGCUUCGACCGGCUCGCACCCUGGCCCCGCCCCUGUUCCCGCCCCUGUUCCGAUCCCAUCCAGUUUUCGCUGGUUUCCGCAGUGGACUCAUCCAUAUCUCUUCUUGGCCCGGGUCGACAAGCCUGCGGGAACAUAUCUGCUGCUUCUGCCGUGCUUUUGGUCGAUCGCCAUGGCCACCUAUGCGACACCUGCGAUCUCGAUGGGCGAGAUGGCAUACAUGAUGUCGCUGUUCUCUGUCGGCGCCUUUGUGAUGCGCGGAGCAGGGUGCACGAUCAACGACAUGUGGGAUCGCAAGAUCGACAAGCUCGUGGAGCGGACCAAGGUCCGGCCGAUCGCCAGUGGACAGGUGUCCAUGUUCCAGGCCCUGACCUUCCUGGGAUGCCAGCUGUCGACGGGUCUGGCGGUGCUCACACAACUGAAUUGGUACAGCAUUGGUCUGGGGGCGCUAUCGCUCUGUCCGGUCAUAAUCUAUCCGUUCAUGAAACGAGUGACGUACUGGCCUCAGGCCGUCCUUGGCAUAGCAUUCAACUGGGGCGCCCUGUUGGGUUGGGCGGCCAUGCUCGGCAGCUCGAACUGGGCGGUGACGCUGCCGCUGUAUGCCGCUGGCAUUUGCUGGACGCUGGUCUACGAUACCAUCUACGCGCUGCAAGAUAUCAAGGACGACGUCAAGGUCGGGGUCAAAUCGACGGCGAUUCGGUUCGGCCGCAACAUCAUCUCGUGGCUCUCGGCUUUUGCCGCCGGCACUCUGUCGCUGCUCUGCAUCAGCGGCUACGCCAACGACCAGGGCCCGCUCUACUAUCUCGUCUCGGUAGGAGGAGCCGGUGCCCAUUUCCUGUGGCAGAUCACAACGCUGAAAACGGCCUCGGUCGAGGAUGCCGCCCGGAAAUUCAGGGCAAAUGCGCGGCUGGGCAGCAUCAUUGCCAUUGGCAUCAUUGCCGAUACGCUGAUGCAGCGAUAUGGGCCCGAGUGGUGUUCGAGACCAGCGAAAUCGAGACUCGACGGCCAGCGUGGGCCCAGCGAAACAGCUGUACCCCAGCAGAGCGGAAGCGAAUAGAUGCAUAUGCGUCCAUGGGAGGCGAGUCGACGGAUGUGGGUCAGGGCACAUGAAGUCAAAUACAGAACGCAGCGAGUUGCCCUGCUCCGA